AUGCCACGUCGAUUAUCAUUAAUUGAGAGAUUUGCCGUCAUUUACUUGAGUGUAUAUUUCGGAUUGGUUGGCUUGCAGCAUGUAGCAUUUCUCUUCAGCUCAUCGCCGUGGUGGCAUCAGCCUGCUUCCAAUACAUUGUAUGACCUACGUGAUAAGUGGAAGACACAGCAGUCAACCAUAGCCAAGGGUAAGCGUGAUGCUUUGCGGCCUGUUGGAAAACCUCAGAUGACGAUGAUGAGAUCAUCAAUAUUUUCAUCGGCAUCAGUGGCAUCACUAAAGGACUUUCACCGAAACACCAACAAGUCAUUUGCCUUUUACAAUUGUUCCAUUCCUGGUCAUCACUAUACAUUCCCCCAAGUCCCACAAUUCAUUAUUGUUGGAGCCCAAAAGAGUGGAACCACAGCACUCUAUGAAUUUCUCCAAGAGCAUCCUCAGAUUCAUGGAACCUCUGUCCCAGAGACUCACUUUUUCGAUUGGCACUAUCCCAAGGGUCGAGACGAAAGAAAUGACUUUCUGAAAAAGUACCAUCAGCUGUCUUUGGAUACUAAUAGUAAUCUGACGAGUGACGAAUGGCAAUGUGCGCUACGCAAGACGUAUUCAGACUUUUUCACAUCUUCGGAUGCUGAUAGUCCUGGCACCAAUGACAAUGACAUUCCUCGGGAUACCGUCUUUGUGGAAAAGACUCCAUCCUAUCUGUUCUUGGCUGAAACGCCUGCGCGGAUAUUGGAAACCUGUUUCUGGAAGCCCAAAGUAAUUGUACUGUUGAGAAAUCCAAUUGACCGUGCCGUGUCCCACUAUCGCAUGAACAUUGAUGUCAAGGGUCGGACCUUUGAAAGUCUGCUAGAUGAAGAAAUGGCUAGUUUCAAAUCUAUUGGAUUGAGCCAUGCCCCGUCAAGAAAAGAAUUCAAUGAAACCACCUCGGAGCAUCUUGGAUUUAAGGAUGUUCCCGUCUUGACAGCUGAAGAACAGAAGAAGCUACAUUGGAAGCAUUAUCGAAAGACCUUCACUACGAACUUUCUCCAACGUGGAAUGUAUAUUGUUCAGUUGGAUCAUUGGUUAGAACAUUUUGCGCUUCAUGAAUCAAUCCAUGUGAUUCACCACGAACGAUUCCUGUCAGACCCAAGUACGGUGUAUCAGGAGGUUUUGAAAUUUAUGGAUUUGCCAUCAUUUGAACCGGGCUACACACAGCACAAUGUGGCCAAGUAUGCACUAAAGCGACCCUUGUCCCAACACACUCGAAUGUAUCUAGCAGCCUUCUUUCGGCCAUACAAUCAGCUGCUGGCAAAGCGUUUGGGACCUGAAUGGGAAGGAGUUUGGGAUCCGUGGGAGGGGUAG